AUGUUAAGCCCAGGGGAAGAAGCGGGGGGAGGGGGGAGAACGAGCGGGGCGCUGGCUGAGUCCCCGUCCUCCCCUCCCCCGGAAGCCGUGCUCGCCCAGGGGGUGCAAGACCACCGUUGUGGAAGCGCGCACAAACUGGCCCUGCGCCUCAGUCCUCACCCCGCGCCUGCCCCCGCCGGCCCCACGGGGAGGAAGCUCUCGGGGGAGGCGCCAGGGAGGACGCAAGGCCUAGGAGCGGAGCCCACGCCCCACGCCCGCAGCUCCCCCGUGGCACGGCGCGUGCCCAGGGCGAAAGCCCCGCACGCAAUAUCCGCCUUACCCACCAUCGCGAGAGCUGAGGCUUCGUUGCCUGGCAACAAGCCGCGGGGGAGACCCGGAGAAGAGGGAAUGCGCGGGGAUAGGCAGUUAUGGGGUUGGGCCGGGGGUGACAGAGAUGUCGCCGGGCUCCUAAAUCAUUCUGAGGGGGUAAAGGAGAACAGCGCACCAAAAAAAGGUAAAAGUCAGCCCUGCCCGGGCUUGUUUGAGGCCACGCCCCCUCCCCCAAUGUCUUGCCAAGGGGUCAGGAGCCGCCAUGAGCCUCCCAGUUCUGGGACGGAUGCCAUGCAUCCUUUCCACCCGGAUUUCUUGGGAAUCCCCAAUAGAUCCACCCCGAAGCCAGAACAUGUCUCUACACCAGAAACAGAAAAUCAAAACCAGCCACAAUCAGCGUUAAAAGCCCUGCAACACCAACUGGAAUCAUUUCAGGCUCUCCGCAUGCAAACUUUACAAAAUGUUAGUAUGGUACAAUCUGAAAUUAGUGAAAUUCUGAAUAAAAGUAUUAUUGAUGUAGAGAGUCCGCCACAAUUUGGUACAGAAAAGACAAACAAGAAACCUGUUGAGAAAUUUAUGGAAGAACAAACUGUCAGAACAUUAUAUAAGGACAGUCAAGGCCAAAAGAUGUUAAAGCAGCCUACAGAGAAUACAGAAGAAAUCCUCCCGAAGAAGAAAAUUAAUCUUUUUGAGGAGUCCAGUACUAUUCAUUCUGUAGGGGAAAAAUCCAGUUCUGUCACUGGCAAUAGUGUCUCCCAUGGUGUAACUACUCCAUCUCAGGUCAUUUCUAAGAACAUAUCAACUUUGACAAACCAAACAAAUAGAUCAACUGUAAGCCCAAACAUGAAUACCUUGGAAAAAUCAAACUUACUCAAGAAUUGCAAUGACUUUUAUAGUUUCCUAUCUUACAUAAAUCAAAGUCUGUCUUCUGUCAAUACAGCUUUUCCAACUGAAUCUAAAUGUACUAUGCCUCUCCUCAAAGAAGACUAUGGUGGAAACUUAGAUGAUGUUUGCUAUGCAAUCAAAAAAAUGAAAGAUGAGCUUCAAAGAUCACAUGAAAGGGAACUAACUCUUGCAAAGGAACUUCAUAAGCUAAAGAUUGGUACAGAUGUUCAGAGUAAUGGUUCAAAUAUUCCAUUUUCUACAAAAUUGGAAAAAAAUGAAUCUAUUAAGAAAGAAAAUAUAGGUGGCGAAGUAAAUGAGGACAUAAAAUCAAGCAGAAUUUCGGAGUUGGAGGCAUUAGUAAACAAAUUGAUUCCACUAGGGGAAACAAUGUCAAAAUUUUGUACUAAUUAUUGUCAGAAUUGUCAAAACUUAUCUGAGAAUGAGACUACAGCAAAUUUUAACUCCAUUGCUAUACAAAGUGAAGUAAAGAGUGAGAAAAAAAAUAAGGAAAUUUCUAACACUGACAUAAUUAAAUAUUCACAAUUGGAUUCUAGCAAUCUAAAAGAUACAUCAUCAUUAAUUGACCAAACAGAACGUGAAAUGAAAGAUAAAGAAAAGCAACUGUUUGAGUUAUAUCAAGGAUCACUAAAGCUUGAAAAUGAGAAGUCAUUAAAAAUCAAUCCAGUAACUGACCAAUAUGUUGCAAAAAUUCAGUAUUUACAGAAUUAUCUUAAAGAAUCUGUGGAAGUACAGAAGAAAGUACUAGGACUGGAAAAUGAAAAUCUUGACCUAAAGACAAAAAUAAAACCCAUGGUUUAUACCAUACAGUCCCUGAUGCAAAAAAAUUCAACUUAUCAAAAUCAAUUUAGGGAUUUAGUUGAAGACAAGAAAACCAUUCAGGCUAAAUUAAGUAAAGCAGAAGAAGAUAAUAAAGAAUGUAUUGUUGAACUGAAAAGAAUAAUACGGAAGUAUAGUGAACUCCAAAAUGUCAAUAAAAUUCUAGAAGAAAAAAAUGGUCAACUCUGUUUGGAGAUACAACAUAUGGUUGAAUUAAUAAAUCAGUUAAAAAUUAAAGAGGAGAAAACUCAAAAUGAUAUGAUUCUUGUCAAUCAUGAAAUGACUCGAUUGACAGUGGAACUGGAAUCUCUGAAAACAAGUAAUUCAGUGUUACAAAAUGAUAAACAGAUGCUGGAAAGAAAAGCAUGCCAGCUUCAAAAAGAAAAUAGCUCACUUGAACAUGAACUAAAAGGAAGUCAUUUGGAGAUACUGCAACUAAAAGAAAAAGAGAGAAUAACAAAAUCUGAUCAAGAGUCUCUUCUACAAAUGAUACAGAGUGCUAAAAAUGAAAAGCUUAAUCUUGAAGCCUCAUUACAUGAAUCUACAGCUGCCAGACAGAUAAUAGAGAAAGAAGUUGAAAAAAUCCAGUCCUACCAAUGUGAUGCAAAAGAGAAGUUUCAAGUUGAACUUCAAAAUGCAAUAUCCAAAGCCACCUUUUUUAAGAAUGGCAUGUCUGAAAUGGGCAAGGAAUGUGAGAAGUUAUCCAAAAUGGUCAAGGGUCUUCAAUCAGAUAAUCAAGUUCUAAAAGAAGAACUAAAGAAGCAUACCCAAGAAAAUCUACAAUUUGCAAAGAACAUCAGUAGGUUAACUGAAGACAAGGUGCUUUUAGAAAACUAUUUAAGAACAGUAGAAAAUGAAAGGGAUAGUUUGCAAUUUGAGGUGAAGCGCCAACGAGAUUACUUUACCUCAGGCAUAUCAUCUAAACUACAUCACUCUCAUUCUUUCAAGAAAUGUUAAUAAAUAUUUGUGAUCAAUUAAAAAAAAAA